CUUUUGGGGGUUUUAUAUUCACUAGCAAAUUUUCAGUGAAAACAAUUUUAUAUCCCUUUGUUUAUUAAAUAUAGUGCAAUGUCAAGAGUUGUGACAGAAACCGCCACCGAAUCAAAACUAAAAAACAAAGAAAAAGAUAUAAAAGAAGCCACAAAUUCCAAAAACCUUGAUGAAGUUCUUGAAAAAGUUAAAAAAGUAGACAACACUUGCUCAUUUACAAAAUGUAAAACCUGUACAAACGAUUUUGCGAUAGACUGUAAAUUUUGUAGUGGAAGAUUUUGUACAAGCCAUGCACUACCUGAAAUACAUGGAUGUGGAGAGGCUGUGCAGAGAGAAGAAAAAAGAAAAUUUUUACACCCUGAACCUAAGCUAACAAAAGAUAAACAUGAAAAAGCACAAACUAAAUUGAAUAUAAAACUAAAGCAAAUGCAAUUGGAGAGGAAAGCAAAACAAGGGGGAAAAGGCAAAAAAUAAUAAGAC